AUGCCUAUUCUCUCCGGAGGCAGUGACCAAGACUAUAGUAACAUUAGCUACACUUCUUGUAAUUCUUUGAGCCACUUCUUUCCCGUCUCCGUUGAAACCCCGUCUGUUAAAGGGGUCCAUUACCAAAGAGCCAGGAGGAUUUACCAUCCUGAUCAAGUCUCUGCAGUCGAUCUAAAAACAGAGAUCAUGAUAAAUGUUGGAGGCAUCAAGUACCUGCUACCCUGGAGUACUUUAGAUGAAUUUCCCCUGACCAGACUGAGCAAACUUAAGUUUUGCAGCAGCUAUGAAGAAAUAAUUCAGCUGUGUGACGAUUACGACGAAGACACCCACGAGUUCUUCUUUGACAGGAACCCCAAUGCUUUUGGAAUGAUUGUCAGCUUUCUAGCAGCAGGGAAGCUGAUGCUCUUAAGAGACAUGUGUGCCUUGUCUUUUCAGGAGGAGCUGAGAUACUGGGGGAUUGAGGAAUCCAACCUGGAGAACUGCUGCUUUCGAAAACUAUUUCAAAAACUGCAGGAGUUGGCUGAGGUACGCAAAGAAGAGGAGCUUUGGAGGAGCAAAGAAGCUACAUGUGUCUUGGAUGAGAAAACCAAAUUUGGACAGUUUAUGAACAGACUCAGAGAUAUGGUAGAAAAUCCCCAGUCAGGACUCCCAGGCAAAGUCUUUGCUUGUCUCUCCAUUCUCUUUGUGGCCACCACAGCUAUAAGCCUUUGUGUUAGCACAAUGCCAGACUUAAGAGCUGAAGAAGACAGGGGCGAGUGUUCCCAGAAGUGCUAUUACAUCUUCGUCAUAGAGACCAUCUGUGUGGCUUGGUUUUCCCUGGAGUUCUGCCUCCGAUUCAUUCAGGCAAGGAGCAAGUGUCAGUUCUUCAAAGGACCCCUAAAUAUCAUUGACUUCUUGGCUAUUUCUCCCUACUAUGUUUCCCUCAUCUUCUCAGAGGAUGACUCGAAUGAGGAGGACGACAGGCCAAGCAGCAACACAUAUUUGGAGAAGGUUGGUUUGGUGCUACGGGUUUUACGUGCCUUGAGGAUCUUGUAUGUAAUGCGCCUUGCCCGACACUCCUUGGGCUUGCAGACUUUGGGCCUCACAGUUCGGAGAUGCACACGGGAAUUUGGCCUGCUUUUACUCUUCUUAUGCGUGGCCGUCACUCUGUUUUCUCCUUUGGUCUAUCUCGCCGAGAAUGAAUCAGGGAAAGUGAUCUCAAUGACCACUGUGGGGUAUGGAGAUAUGGUACCACGGAGCGUCCCAGGCCAGAUGGUGGCUCUGAGCAGCAUCCUCAGUGGGAUUCUCAUCAUGUCUUUUCCUGCAACAUCAAUAUUCCACACUUUCUCCCAUUCCUACUCGGAGUUGAGAAAAGAACAUGAACGAUUGCAGUCUCGGCUAAACAGAGUAAAAAAUGCCAAUCACUCUGGUGAAAGUGACACCUUCAAUGAGACAGACAGCUUGAUCCUGGAGGAUCAAGCAUCACCAAUCAAAUACAUUUACACAGGGAACUAA